CCCCACAAAUCUCACGUUCUCCUCCAAGGAAGCUCCUGGUGUCAAUCUCGAAGCUUGAACACCAGGUACGACAAGCCUAAUAACUUCACCGUCCAGUACCCACUACCUACCAACGACCGUAGACCGCACCCCAUCCAAACGACCCCUCCUGCCCCCUCAAACUCCUCAACCUCCUCAACCUCUCACCCACUGCCCAUCAUGGCCACCCAUCGCGCGGACGAAAAGCGCUUCCUCGACGAGCGCGGCUCCAGCGGGCCCCUAGCACCCAAUGGCCUAAACCCUGCCACGAUCAUGGAGAAGCCGGUGCGGGAGCGCAUCGUCGAUUCCUACUUCUGGAAAGACCAAUGUUUCGCCGUCAACGAAGCCGACAUCGUCGACCGCGUCGUCGCACACGUGCGGUUUAUCGGCGGCACUUACGGCGAUGCCCAGAAGCCCUCGCCUUUCUUAUGCCUGGCGUUCAAAUUGUUGCAGCUGGGGCCGGACGAUGAUGUUAUACAGGAGUAUCUAGGGUAUGGAGGCGAGAAAUUCAAGUAUCUGAGGGCGCUGGCGGUAUUUUAUGUACGGUUGACGAGGAAGGCGAAGGAUGUAUAUUUGUUUUUGGAGCCGUUUCUAGAGGAUAAGAGGAAAUUGGUGAUGCGGACGAGGACGGGGAGGAGAUUAACGUUCAUGGAUGAGUUCGUGGAUGGGCUGCUGACAAAAGAGAGAAUGUGCUCGACAACUUUGUGGAAGAUGCCGAGCAGAGCGCAGCUGGAGGAUGAGGAGAAGCUGGAUCCGAGAGUUAGCCCCUUGGGAGAUAUUGAGGAUUUGCUGGAUAGUGAGCCGGAGGAGGUUAACGGUGGAGGGAGUGAGGGAAGUGGGAGGAGUAAGAGUCCAGGGAGUGAGUUUGGAGAGGUUACUCCGGAACCAUCGGACGCGCAUGAGAAGCAUGCUGAUGAUGGGGUGGACAAGGAUCCGGUGAAUGGAAUGGACACAUCAUAGUUCGUUGUUUCAAGGUGCAGAGUCGAUUUCACGAGGAUACAAAAAUAUACCCAUUUCUGCCAGUCA